AUGCCCUUGCAAUGUGAAAUAAAGAGCUGUAAAAAUUUUCCUGCUUUCGUUUGUGUGUGCGUAGAAAAUGAGCAUUUACUUUGCAAGGAGCAUUUUAUGAAGCACUUAUUCGCCCGCUAGUGAGGGAACAACACCAUUUUGAAUUUUCUAUUUUUGUGAAUAAAACAUAUUUGUAUAAAAAAUAUAUUAAUUAAUCAUUAAAUACAAAAUUAAAAAGCAUACUUGCUCAAAAUAGGUGGUAAAUUUAGAAGAUCCAAGCAAAAUCCAACAUAAAAGCGUAUGCUUGCUUCCAAGAAAUUACUCACCUAUCAAUAGUUGCAACAAUGAUGAUAUGAUAUCAAGCAAGUGCUACGAGAUCCCAUAUUAUAAGAAAAUCACUGAUAAUACUAGCAGGCUUUUAGCAUAUAUUAUCAAGUAUGCUGAACUCCUAGUUUUUUCUCUCAAUUGGCCAAAACGAAAAAUUCAUGCAAGCUAUGAUCUACAAAAUUCCUGCUAUGCAGUCAAGCACGAGUUUCUAUUCCCAAAUGCGAUUUGCUCUGGUGUCAUCUAUAGACAUAAUGAGCUUAAUCAUAAGCUUGCCAGAUCUCUAAGUGAUCAUAUUCUCCAAAUAGUCAGUCCUUCCUCAUUAGUGAAAAGUUAUAUCAAUAAAAUCAAUUUCAUAAACCACAAAGACUUUUUAGGCUGCUUCAAAGAUAUAAUGACUGAUGUGCUUACUCCCCUAAUAUUUGAUCAAGCGGCCUACCAUCGUUCGGUCAAAGAUGGUAUUAAAAUUUUUUGGAAAGCAUCAUACAACUAGGGUUAAAGAUGUGAAGCAUAAAAUAUAUUAGAAAUCGUAUUAUAGUUAUUUAGAAGUGAUUAUACUCUAAUAUCUCUAUACUGAUAAUAUCAAAUAUAAAAAGUUAAAUACAUACUUGACUGCUGGAAAUCGCUCGAAUAAGAAUGGGACAAAUUUUCCCAAUUUUAUUGAAUCAUUCAAAAAUAACUGGAAGCUAGAGAAAAGCUUUUAGGCAUUAUUUUGCAAUCAAAAAUUACUAAAAAAGUGAAAUAUGCAGCCAGCAACGCUAUAACUAUCUUAAAUUACUCCAAAUAUAAUUUUAUAGAUAAAGAUUUCAGAGGCAUUCAAAUUGAAGGUGCAGAUUUAUCAGAAGCACUCAUAAUAAAUACAGAUUUCCAAGGAAGCAACUUAAAACGAGUCAAUUUUUCGUAUGCAAAUAUAUAUGAUUCUAAUUUCCGCAACUGUGAUUUAUCAGAUGCUUGGUUUGUGCAGCUUCCACCAGUUAUAAGCACAUAUCCUGUCAAUUCUGUCGCUUUCUCAUUUUGUGGUAAUUAUCUAGCUUAUGAUUGCUGCGAUAAUGUGAUUAUGCAUGAUAUUAAAACAGGCCUUAAAUUCCAAGAAUUCAAGCACAAUGCAAAUAUUAGUGCAAUUUCUUUUUCAAAAGAUGGAACUCUCCUUGCUGUAGCUGAUAACAAUUACAUACUAAAUUUAUGAGACAUUCAGGGUAAAAAGCAAUUUAUUAAAUUAUCGGGCCACACAGACACCAUUUCUUCAAUAGCUAUAUCACCGGACGGAAAUUUCGUAGCAACUGGAAGCUAUGAUGAGAGUUUAAGAAUUUGGAAUCUUGAAACAUAUAUGCUAACUUACUGCAUAAACUAUGCAAAAGAUAGUGUGGACUCAGUUGCGUUUUCUUCUUGUGGAAAAUACUUUGCCUUUGGAACUCAUCACAAUUCUGCAAUAGUUUCUUAUGUAGAUAAUAUAAGUUCCCGCAAAUGGCUAUUCAGCCAUCCUGAUCCUGUAAGGACUGUUUCCUUUUCUCCAUGCUCAAAAUAUUUAAUAUCUAGCUGUGACGAUCUAGUUAUCAGAACUUGAGAUCUAGAAAUUGGACGUCUAAAUAAAGAAAUUAGAAAAGAGUAUCAUCCUUUGCACAUAUUAAGACCUUCAAUGAGAGGUUACUCUUACUCUGAACAGCAGGUAUUCAUCAAGUUUUUAGUUAACUCCUCCCUCCCGUGAACGAACAAAACCAUUAGAAAAUUUCCUUUUGAGUUAAAAAAAUAUUUUAGUAUAAAAUUUUAUUAUAAAAAAUAUUUUGAUAUAUAAGUGAUGAUUUUUAUAAAUGACUUCUCUAAUUAAAUCUUUAAGUUUUAAAUAGCUUGCAUUCUAAAACAUAAAUUUUUCAAAUUAAAUUAAUUUUUGCAAAUUGGGAUUUUUAAAUUUCGAAAAAAUAAAUUUUAUUAUAAUUUAGAUAUCAUUAAAAAAAUUAACCUCUUUUUUUGAGCGAACAAAAUUUUUUUGAUCGCUAUAGAGGGAGGAAAAGCAUAGUCACUCAGAAUUCAAAUGAUUCAAUGAGCAACUUUUCAGCAUGUUGUCAGUCUGUUAUUCUCCUAAUGGAAAAUAUAUAGCGGUAAAGAAAUCAGAUAUAUCAGAAAAAUCAAUAGAAAUUUUAGACAUUAGAACUUUAGAGGAAUAUCCUAUUUUGUACAAUGAAAUCUCCUCUAUAUCUUUUUCUUAUGAUGGAAAAUAUAUUGCAGUUGCAGACACCUCAGAUUUAAUCAUGAUUACAGAUGCUGAGACAAUGAAAAACAAAUUUAAGCUCAAAAGCAACAAAGGAAUAAUUAUUUAUGUCAAAUUUCUGAAACUUGGGAAUUUCCUUAUAUCAUUGUGCUCGAGGAAUUAUAUCACUGUUUGGGAUAUCGAAAAUCAGUAUCUUUUGAAAGAAUUUAUAUUGGGAAGUAUUCAAGUUUCUGCAAUUGAUGUAACUUUUAACGACAAAAUUAUCGCGACUGGGCAAUCUAACGGAGAAGUUAAGGUUUGGGACCUGACAGCUCCGUCAAAUUAUUUUUUUUUAAAAUGCAGCGCAGAAUUGAUAACUUGUAUCAAGUUUUCACCAUGUGGGAAAUAUCUGGCUACAGCAAGUAAUAAUAAAAAACUGCUUUUGUGAGAACUUGCUAGCAGAAAUUUGUUGGCUUUGGAUGGCCAUAAGCAGAAUUUAUCAUGUGUGAGCUUCGUUCAGUCUGUAAAUUAUCUAGUUUCAGCAGAUAAAGGUGGGCAAGUUAUACUUUGGGAUAUUGAAGCGCAAUGGACAAUUUUAGAAAUUCAAGUUGAUGAUCGGAUGAUACCUUCAUUGGCUGUGUCUUUAUGUGGGAAUUAUUUGAUUACUGGAUGCUUAAAUGGCUGCGUCAAAGUAUGGAAUACUUGGAAAGGCACUCUGAUUAAAGAAAUAAAAUAUCAUUCUAAUGCAGUCGACUCUCUUCAGUUUCUCAACAAUAAAAAACUUGAGUUCGCUUCUUUAAGUGCUGAUAUCACUUUCAAACUAUGCAGAAUUUAG